AUGGGUAGAUUCAAGAUAAACAGACAGUUUUUGUUUUCUUCUUCUAUUUUCGUCUUUUUGGUUGUACUUCCGACCUUAGUUGCAGCAGAAUGUACUUGUGACGAAGAAAACGAAGAUCGUGACAGAACAAAAGCUUUGAGAUACAAAAUAGCAGCUUUGGUAUCAAUAUUAAUUGCGAGUGCAAUUGGAGUGUGUAUUCCUCUCCUAGGAAAAGUGAUACCUGCGUUGAGUCCGGAAAAAAAUAUUUUCUUCCUGAUAAAGGCUUUUGCUGCAGGAGUGAUCCUGGCAACUGGGUUCAUCCACGUGUUGCCCGAUGCUUUUGAGAAUCUGACCUCACCUUGCUUGAAGGAGCAUCCAUGGGGAGAUUUUCCCUUCACUGGCUUUGUUGCAAUGUGCACUGCCAUGGGGACUCUCAUGGUGGAUACUUAUGCCACUGCUUAUUUUCAGAAACACCAUUCCAAUGAAGUACAGAUUGAGAGCGGGGAUGUGGAGAAAGAGACCGGGCACGAAGGGCAUGUGGAACUUCACACACAUGCAACGCAUGGUCAUGCUCAUGGCCCUGUUCACUCCCAAGAUCAAUCCUCCCAGCUUCUUCGCCAUCGAGUCAUAUCACAGGUGUUGGAGUUGGGGAUUAUUGUUCACUCUGUUAUUAUUGGGAUUUCUUUGGGAGCUUCAGAGAGUCCUAACACAAUAAGACCGCUGGUAGCUGCGUUGACUUUUCAUCAAUUCUUUGAAGGCAUGGGACUUGGAAGCUGUAUAUCUCAGGCAAACUUCAAGAGAGUAUCUGUGACAGUAAUGGGAUUGUUCUUUGCCUUGACUACCCCAGUGGGUAUUGGAAUUGGCAUAGGAAUCUCAAGCGUUUAUGAUGAAAACAGUCCAACUGCUCUUAUUGUAGAAGGAGUUUUUAAUGCAGCUUCAGCUGGAAUCUUAAUCUACAUGGCUCUGGUUGAUCUUCUUGCCGCUGAUUUCAUGAGUCCAAGAAUGCAACAAAGUGGCAGACUCCGUCUUGGAGCAAAUGUUUUUCUUUUGCUCGGAGCUGGUUUAAUGUCUAUGGUAGCUAAAUGGGCUUAAGAAAUACUUAGAAUGCAAGGAAGUCUUUUCAAAUAGUCUCCUUUCACUUUUUCAGUAGCCUCCUUCAAGUAUACAAUCGAACCAGAUGUUUUGAUAUUUCAAUUGCAUGUUGUGUGUGCAAGAAAUUAUAAUACAUCACUUUUGUUUAUAUAAA